AGGUGAUUGGACCCAUUUGGAUGUCAUCUUAUCAUUGAAGCACUGUGAUCCUGUUCACGCCCUUCGUGUCUCUGGACGCCGGAUGGUCACCCAGGAGCCGGAGUCUUUGCUGUGAACGCACCAGUGCGAACCUCCUACUUUUCAAAUUGUGGCAACGUAUUAAUUCCGAGAUCCACUUUCUCGAUGGUCAUUCUCACAAGUUGCCUUCUUGGAAACCCCUGGAAAGGACCCGCAAUGCUCGAGACGAUAAAAGGCAUUGGGAUUGAAUGUCGAAAACUUCGCACUUCAUCUUUUCCCUACGCCCAGCAGGUAGUUUCCCUUCGCGGCUUCAGAGCACAAUGUCUACCAAACCUGCCUUGGCUUAUAAUGACGCAGAGAAAGGGACGCUGGAUGUCCGCUCUCCUCAGCUUGCCGAUCUCGCCAAGAGUGAGAAAAAGGCAGCAGACAUCGAUGUGUUCGCCGUGCAGUCUCUCAAAAAGGAUGCACCGGUGACCCCCUCAAACGUCGCGAAGCCACCGCCAACCCCAAAACCGGCGAAGAAGAGGGCCCCCUUGUGGGUCCUCUGGGUCAUCUGGUACAAUAGUUACAGGCGAUUCUUCACUGUUAUUUUUAUAGUGAACUGGAUUGGAAUCGGCUUUACGAUCGCUGGAAAAUGGCCAUACGCUGCAGCGUAUCCGGGUGCUUUGGUCGUUGGUAACUUGAACGUAGCGGUCCUCGUGCGUAACGAGAUCUUUGGACGAUGCCUGUAUUGGUUCGUCAACACGUUCUUCGCUAAGUGGACUCCCCUAUGGUUCCGUCUUGCGUGUACCUCUACUCUGCAGCAUCUUGGUGGUAUUCACAGCGGAUGUGCAAUCUCCGGUGUGGCUUGGAUCGUCGUUAUGGUCGUGCGUCAGUACAAGACCAAGUACAUGAAUGAUUCGAUCCUCGCUUUCGGUACGGUCACCACAGUUAUGUUAUUCAUCACAAUCUGUGCCGGUCUUCCGUGGGUCCGCAACACACACCACAAUGUAUUCGAGCGCAACCACCGUUUCUUCGGGUGGACUGCCUUGAUUAUGACCUGGGUGCACACUAUUGUGACCAAUGCCUACGACAUCGGGGACGGAACGUUCGACCGCAUCGGUUUACACGUUGUCCAACAGCAGGCAUUCUGGUACAAUCUCGGAAUGUCCGUCUUCAUUGUCCUGCCUUGGAUAUGCACGAGACACGCCAAGGUCGACAUCGAGCUGCCCUCUCCAAAGGUCGCUGUUCUCCGCUUCGAACGUGGUAUGCAACAGGGUCUCCUCGCUCGUAUCAGUCGCAGUGCUGUCAAAGAAUAUCACGCUUUCGGUAUCAUCUCUGAGGGUACCCAUGCCAAAUAUCAUUACCUCAUUUGUGGUGUGCAAGGUGAUUUCACCAAGAGUCUGGUCAACGACCCACCGAGAAGGAUCUGGACUCGUGAGCUGAAGUUCGCUGGUGUCUCCAAUACAUCAACGCUUUACAAACGUGGUAUUCGUAUCUGCACCGGAACAGGUCUUGGUGCUGCCCUUUCUACUUGCAUCCAAUCUCCCUACUGGUACUUAAUUUGGAUCGGCUCCGAUCAAGAGAAGACAUUCGGCCCGACCAUUAGUGGCCUCAUUCACAGGCACGUUGGUCCGGAGCGUCUACUCCUCUGGGACUCCAAGACACGUGGUGGCCGUCCGCCCACCAUGAAGAUCUUGAAGGAGGUAUACGACUCCUGGCAGGCAGAGGUCGUCUUCAUCACUUCCAACUACAUUGGUAACUCAGAGAUCCAGCAAGGUUGCAAGGAAGCCGGUAUUCCUGCAUUCGGUACUCUUUGGGACUUCUAAUUCUUCCGACAAGUUCUCUUGCAUUGGGCGUGGGACGUGUCGAGCGCCAGACCAUCCACGUCUGUUUCUCAUCCCUGUGUAUCCUCUGUACCUCCAGGAAAUCUUUCAACUAUGAAUUUU